UUGAAGCUUCAACAUCAGCAAAAUUAGCUCUAGAGCAAACUGCUGUGAUUAAAUUGUAACACAGGAGACUGGCUGUGAGUUGAAGGAGAAGAGUUCAGUUGAUGUAAUAGGCAGUUAAACCUCUAAGGACAGGAUGAAAACAAUCUGCUAGGAGCCAAGAGUUUCCACUUUAAGGUGAAUUCAAACAGGCAUCACAUAGUGUGAGGAAGAACUACAACUAUCUGCAUGCUAAAGGUUGGCAAUGGAAACACAAGCAAUUUUAAGAACUUCUAUAUACUUUUUGGUGCUUUUCAUCUUCACCUUUUCUAAGACACAAGCUGAUGACUAUUAUGACUUGGAACCUUCUCAUUUAGUUGCCUUUGAUUGUCCCAAAGAAUGUGUUUGUCCAUCUCAUUUCCCACGUGCUUUAUAUUGUGACAGUAAAGGCCUGAAAGAAGUGCCUCUCAUCCCAUCGAGAAUUUGGUACCUAUAUCUACAUAAUAAUGCUAUUGAGUCACUUAAUGAGAAAGCAUUUGCAAAUGCUACUCAAAUAAGAUGGAUAAAUCUGAAUAAAAAUAAGCUGACCAACAAAAAGAUAGAGAAGAAUUUUUUUAAGAAUAUGAAGAACCUACUUUACCUAUUUCUAGAGGACAAUGAAUUAGACGGAAUACCUGCACCAUUGCCAAGCACUUUGGAGCAACUUCGUUUGGCAAGGAAUAAAAUUUCAAAGAUUCCUGAAGGUGUUUUGAAGAAUUUACAAAACCUUACCCUAUUGGACUUACAUCAUAACAAGCUUACAGAUGGUUCCUUUCAAGCUGAUGCUCUUACAGGACUCAAGAGCCUGAUGCAAUUUAAUGUGGCCAAAAAUUCACUCAAGAAAAUGCCAUCAGGCCUUCCUUCUAACACCAUACAAUUGUAUUUAGACAACAAUAACAUUGAGGCUAUACCAGACAAAUACUUUAACAAUAUACCUAAAUUAGCAUUUCUUAGAUUAAACUACAACAAAUUAUCUGAUUCGGGUGUACCAGCAAAUGUAUUUAAUGUUACGUCUAUGUUAGACUUGCAGUUAUCAUACAAUGAACUGGCUUCUGUACCAACUGUUAAUGGUCAUCUGGAGCGUCUUCAUCUUGAUCACAACAAGAUAAAAAACAUUAAUGGAACUGUUAGCUGUCCCAAUGAAGUAAGAGAAGAAUUUGACCCUCACUAUCCUCACGGACCUCGUCUUCGUUAUUUGCGACUGGAUGGAAAUGAAAUUCAACCACCAAUCCCACUUGAUCUUAUGAUUUGUUUCAGACUUUUGCAAACUGUAGUGAUUUAAGUGUUGGAAGCUAGAUGUGUUCAAAAAGUUAGGUCAACUUAAAUCUUAAAGUGACUUCUUCCUUAGGUUAUUAUUUGUGACUUUUAAAAAGAGAAUGUCUUGUACAUUUUGUUUUCUUUUUUAAGAUAACAUCAAAUCAGGACUCCAUGCAGAACACACACAAGUCUCGCUAUUUUGCAAGAUGCUUAUUUUAAUUAUAGAAGUGCUACAGCUCCUCUAACACAAUUUAAAUUAGUUGGGUUGGUUGUGGCUGGGGGGGUAAAUCAUCCAGCAAAUUUCCAAAAUUAUACCCACAGCACCUGAAAAUAUAAUGUUUCACCAACACGUGACAUUAUAACAAGAGGCAGGCCUGGAUUUAUCCUUUCAGAUAACCUUGGGUAAUUGCCUUGUACCACCUUCCCUGCCAUCUCAUUCCACUGGCUAAGCUUAAUAUCACACCAGUCAGACCCAUUUUUAUAAUACAAUGAGAUAGGGACAGAUGGCAAAUUAAAAAGCUUUCCCACUCUGUGUUAGUAUUCUUAGAACUAGCAACAAUAAGAGUAGACAAUACUGUCACACCAGCCUGCUAGCAUUUCAGUCCUAGGUGUAUAGACCCAGGGUGGGUAAACUGUAAGUGCACAGUACACUAUUCCAACAAAAAAAAUAACAAACUGUGCAAGAACAACAGGAAUGAGGACCCACUUGGAUUGCAGGCAGUUCAGACUUCGGAAAUUUUUCAUUUCAAAGUCAGCAAUAUGAAGUGCGAGUGGCUAUGUACUUCCAUGGCAGAUCUCACAUCUUAGACCACAGCCUAUAUUGUCUAUGGCUAAAUCUGCACCUGAUGAGUAGGGCAGGUUGUUUUAAUUUACAAACCCAGAGGAGAAAUUAACACAUUUACUAUACAGCACUUUUCUUUUAAAUUAAGACUUGUUAACUAGCUGUCCAUCCAACCCCACAAGUCAUUUACUCAUAUUUUUAUAUUUAAAUUACGGUAGAUUAAAACAGUGAAUUUCUUUAGGGGAAACCUUUUCAUUUAUAUUUAAAAUGAAACUUUCUUAUUUAAUCUUAACCCAAUUUACACUACAUUCACUACGCACCAUGAUCUACAUGGGUAUAAUGUACCACAAUAGUUAAAUUAAUAGUUUAACAAAGUUAAUGUGUCUAUGCUCAUUCUGUUUAAUUUUGGAUAAUUUGGGUAUAGAUGGCCGCAAGUGAAAUAUAAAACUUUAAAAAAAAUUUAAUAUAGAAGGAAAUUAAUCCACUAUUCUCAUUUUUACCAUAACAGUUUAUUACCAUUUGGUAAUAAAUUAGAGAUGAGAAAUCUCCAA